AGUAAGGGAACUCUCUCUCUCUCUGGUUCUCACUCUCUCCCCCACUCUCCAAUGAACACGCACACAUGCAACACUGACACGCUGGAAGACUCCUCUCUCUCACUUCUGAAUUCUCACCCCUUGCUCUCUCCAUAAUCUCUAUCCUUCACGCAACAUUCAGCUGUGAAAUUUAGACGCAGAGUUUCAAGGCGCGCUUUUUUGUUGAUUUCCCUCCAGUUUUACUCUUCGGACCAGUGAUAAUUUCAUUUCUUGCCGGACAUACGGGCGGAGCUGAGCCUGAGCCGCGAUUUGCGACCAAAUGCAGGAAAUACAUUCUAUUGGGGGUGGUAGAUUUUUCGACGGCAGUGGAGGUGGAACUGGCGGCGGAGACAGGAGAGUGAGGCCGAAUCAUCACCAGAACCAGCAGGCCUUGAAGUGCCCGAGGUGCGACUCCCUCAACACCAAGUUCUGCUACUACAACAAUUACAACCUUUCCCAACCUCGCCAUUUCUGCAAGAAUUGCCGUCGAUACUGGACUAAAGGUGGUGUCCUCCGCAACGUCCCCGUCGGCGGAGGAUGCCGUAAAUCCAAGCGAUCCAAGCCCAAAGCCUCCUCCUCUUCAGAACGUCCCCCCACGCCGACACGACCCCCGCCGCCGCCGCCGCCCCAAGAGAACCAUAAGACGAGCUCUCAUUCCAGCAGCGACAGCUCCAGCCUCGCCGCCGCCACUGAAGCGUUAUCGGCGCCUUCGUCUUCGAAACCGGAGCUGCUUACCAAUCAGACUUCGAACCCUAACUUGGAGUCGGGAUUGAUGGAGCAAGGAGGGGACUGCAGUAUUUUCUCGGAGAUAGGGAGCUUUACGAGCCUGAUCACUACAACAAGCGAAGCAUUGUCGUUCGGGUUCGGGAAUAUUCCGGAGUCGACGUCGUUUCGGUUCGGUAGUACUACUCAACAGGAAGGCAUGGCCGGGAAUGACCCAUUAGCGGGGGCGUGGCAGCAGGCGCAGCAGAAAGAGCCGGGGAUGGGUGAGAUGAUUUCUGCGCAGGAGUUGAAGCUGCCGGAGAUCGUACCAGGGUCGUUGCUCGAACCGACGGUGCCGGUGGAUUUGUCGGCGUUGCAGAGUAAGAACGAGAACGGUGGGUUCGGAUCGUUGGAUUGGCAAGGAGGCUCAGACCAAGGUUUGUUUGAUCUGCCUAACACCGUAGAUCAUUCUUACUGGAGUCACACUCACUGGACUGAUCAAGAAAAUCCCAGUCUCUUUCAUCUUCCUUGAUAAGCUUCCGUCCGAGCUUCAAGUCUCUCACCUUUUUUUCCUUUUUAAUUUUUUUUUAUAAACUUAAAAGGAAGCAAAGAAAAUUUGAAAAUAAACCAAAAAAAGGGAAUCGAGGCCGAAAGGAUUUGGUAUAAUUAUGAGAUGUAAAAUCUUCUUUUGAUGGUUUCUAUUUUUCUUGUGAAGAUGUUUGGGGGCCGGGUUUGAUGUUAGUGAUGUGCAUGUACAACUAACUCGUAUGGCUGGUUUUCUCUACUUUUUUUUUUUUUUUUGCUGCCUGGAAUUUCUGGGUUUAUGCUUGAAUAUAUGUAUGAGAACUGAGAAGGAUGUGACUUGAUUAUUAGAAAAAUAGGGGAAAAAAUUAGAGUGUGUUUUGAUUGAAA